AUGUCUUCGUCGAACCUCCCGGUGAUCGUCAUCUUUCCGGGUGCUUUCGGUACCCCUGAAGGCUUCGACAAAUUGUCACCGUAUCUGACCAAAGCUGGAUAUGCAACACACCCCGGUGCAUACCCUAGUUGCAAUCCCGCCGAUCCGGCCGAAGCGUCCUCUUCUCAGGAUAUCGCUUUCGUGCGCGACAACGUACUUCUCACUCUUUUAAACGAACAGGGUAAAGAUGUCGUCAUCAUCGCACACUCAUACGGGGGUGUGGUUGCAGGCGGCGCAGCAAGAGAACUUUCGAAAGAGACCAGAAAGGCCCAAGGUCACUCUACUGGCGUCGUCGGUCUGAUUUACGUCGUGGCCAAUAUCACACUUGAUGGAGAAUCGCUCUUCACUGCUGUAGGCGGCGCUUAUCCUCCUUUUAUCAAAGUCGACAAGCCCUUUAAGGGACUUGCUCUCAUCGAACCGGCGAUGGACAUUUUGUACAAUGACUGCGACCGUGCCCUGGAGCCGGAAUUGGCGACGCUGAUGCAGCCACACGCACUCCGGGCCUUUGAAACCCCCGCGACUGCCCCGGCCUGGGCGGAGAGUGCGUUUGAUGGUCGCAGAGCGUAUGUGCGGACGCUGGACGACUGUUGUAACCCUUUGCCGUUGCAGAAUAUCUGGUUGGAGAAGUCCAAGGUCGAAUGGGAUGUUGUGGACUUUAAGACCGGACACAUGCCAUUUUUCAGCCAGCCUCAGGCUUUGGCAGAGCAGAUUACCAAGUUCAUUGAUGGCUUUGUUGCAAAGUAA